AUGAAGCUGUUGUCCUACAGGUCUUCCCUGACAAACCCGCGUAGCAUCAGUGGCAUAUUGACGCUACAUACAAGAGAACAGGCAACCAACUUGCAGAAAGCCUAUAUCGGUAGCUUGGAUGUACCGAGGCCCAACAGCCGCGUGGAGAUUGUGGCAGCCAUGAGGAGGAUUCGGUACGAGUUCAAAGCCAAGAACAUUAAGAAGAAGAAAGUGAGCAUCAUUGUCUCCGUGGACGGCGUGAAAGUGAUUCUGCGCAAGAAACAGAAGAGAAAGGAAUGGACCUGGGACGAGAGUAAGAUGGUAGUGAUGCACGAUCCUGUGUACAGGUAUGCAGCAGGGGAUUUACACCAGCUAGAUCCAAGGCAAUUAAUCAAACCAGAGGGGAUGCAUUUCCAUGCUUCUGCUUGCUGAGUUAUCACCACCAAGAAGCGUGGCUUUUCCAACGGCCCGUGAAAAAUUAAUGAGGUGACAAAAUUCCUGCAGA